AGCGGUCAACAAGCGAUCAGAGUGCACAGCGGCGUGUGGCGGGGAGCGGGUAGCGGGAGCGGGCCAAUGCCGCUCAGUUCAUCGCCACGCGUCCCUCCAACCCGUCGCUCCCGCUAGCGCACCCGCGUCCGCUAUGAAGGUGAAAGCUAAACAAGGCGCCCGCUCCAAAAACAUGGACAAGCUCAUAGCCGCUGUCCAAGCGAGGGAAUGUCUCUGGGACAAGAGUUACAGGGGUCAUCGGAAUCGGUUCAAAUUGGAGAGAUAUUGGAACGAAGUAGCGGCCGAAGUUGGAACGACUAGUUUGAACUGCAGAAAAAGAUGGAAGAACCUAAAGGACCAAUGCCGAAAGGAAAUGAGGAAGAAUCCUCACGAAUCAGACUGGCCUCACUUCCAAAAACUCAAGUUCAUCCACAACCAGUUCCUAGCUGAUGAAGAAGAAGGGGACGAGGAUACCGCAGACGAAGUAUUCAACAGUCUAGAUGACUCCAUAAAGCGUCCUAAACUGGGAUAUACCAUGAGGAAGAAGCUACUGAUGAAUAAGAGAAGAACUAUAGAUGUUGACAUGAAUAAGUUGAUUGUGUUGGUCCAAGCGAAGGAGUUGAUAUGGAACAGGCAAUUGAAGGGACACCAUAAUUGGUAUAAAUUGGAUGAGAGUUGGAAGGAGAUUUCUCAGGAGUUGGGAGUUACACGUGACGAAGCAAGACUGAAAUGGAAGUAUCUAAGAGACCAAGCAAGAAAGGAAGCCAGGAAAGGACAAUCCGACUGGGAAUACCUCCCGAAGCUACAGUUUCUGAUCAACCAGUUCAACGAUUACGAAGGAAAUGACACUGCAGAGGACCAUUACAGCCAAGACUUUGACACUAGCGCCGACCAAAGUAGUAACUACUAUGUCGAACCUACUCCAGACCCAACUGAAGUUAACGAUGUGAGCGCUAACGUGAAAGAUGACGAGUUUGAUGAAUUUGACACCAAACCUAUCAUCAUGGAGACUGAUUUCUGUGAUGAUGAUGACGAUCUCCAGAGAAGUGCAGGAAGCAGCAAUGAAGUACCUGAAGCGACGAAGGAUGAAGACAUUGGCUUCUUUAACAGUCUUAUCCCUCAUGUUAGGAAGUUAGGGCCGGCUAAGAAGUUGAUGUUACGUAUGAAGAUUCAAGAACUAGUUUAUAAUACAGUUUAUAAUGAACUUCGAUAAAUUAUUACACUGGGUAAGAUGACUGAUGUCAACAUAGUGUCCGUGUAUAUAUAUUCGCGUGCUUGAUUGCGUGUAUAUUUAUUUGUAACUUAGGCAAUUUAUGUACAUGUCGCAGGUAUAUUGUCAAAGCCGUGAUAUUACAAACUCCCUAGUGAUAUUAUUAUUAAACGGUAGACUGUCAAUCGACUUCAUUUCUUAUAAUGUAACGGUCUAGUUUUAGGGUGAAUAUAAUGUCACGAGGAAACUACAGUGAUAUUGUAAGGCAAUGAUAUUUGGGCAAUUUCACUGGUCGUUAGAUUAUGAGGCUGCCUCUGAUUGGUCCGUUUCCGAGGUUGAAAACGAAGGUUGAAAAAUAUAAUUGACCAAUCAGAACCCUUGAUGUCUCCCACUGCCAAAACCACUCAUAAUAUAGUAGAUUUUUUAUAGUGUCACUAUAAUGACCCCGUGACAUUACAAUAUCACUAAAACCAGGCCGAUAAAUUGUAAAAAAUUAAGUCAAUUGUCAAUCUACCGUUUUAGUUAUAAUAUCACUAGUGAGAUUGUUAUAUCAUGGUUUUGACAAUAUACCUGCGACAUUUAUAAAUAAUGUGGUUAAUUCUGUUAUAACAGCUACUUACAUAAUGAUCCUGAUUCUGAGCGCAACUACAUUUUAGAGUAGGUGUUUGCAUCUUUUUCUUUCAAUGUAAUAAGAAAAGGACAGAAUAAACGAUUUAAUCUGAAACUGUACCUGUCUUGAGCAUAAUGUUUGUAGAGUACGUACCGCCUAUUUUCUGUCCUUUUUUAGAAAUAUGUAUUAAAAAGAAAAAGAUGCAGAUAUUUUUAGUUGAGAGAAAAAUGUCAGAAUCGUCGACGCCAUAUCUAAAUUAAACUAAAAUGACAGGUCUAAAAAAUGUAUUGCUAUCACUUUCUUAUUACUUACUGCGGAAAAGGAAAACAAUAGGUUUCGACCUGCCAGUUUAGUUUUAGUUUAGAUAUUAUCUUAGUACAACUGAAUUAGCCUUAUCAGAAGAAGGAGAGUUUAACAAUUAUUUAGUAUUUUCAAGUGACUCGUGUAAUUUAUGUGAAAAGUCAUAAGUACUAAGUUUUCCUUUUUGUAAUGGUUGUUAGACGGCAUUUUUGGCUUUGCUGUAAACAAAAUAAACUCGACAUUUUUUAGUCUACCACAUCAGAAAAUGAAAUGAAAACUUAUUAAUCAAACUACGGAACCCUAAAACGAAGGAGAGCUGUAGGUAAUGUUUUUAGGGUGUUGGUCUGUAUGUAUUUCUGUUAGGUUUUGUACCUAUCUAUUGUAAUCAUUUAUCGAAGAUAAUGAACUAAGCACUUUUUUAAGUUAUGUAUAAUAAAUACUUUUUCAUUUAAUCCUUGAUAAAUCUAUCGUUAAAAAAAGACGCAUAAAUAAUAUGGGUUUUACAUACUAUAAGCUACUAAUAAGGUUUUUUUAUUUACGAAAAUAAUACAUUUUGUAAAGCCAUACUUCGUUUAAUUUUUUGUAAAAAAAAGGCAUUUAUGGGGAAGUUUAAUCAGUGAAUUGGAAUUUGGCGUAAAACUCACUCUACUGAAGAUUUGCUGUUGUAUUUAAUCUUGAUAAGUAAUUUUGUGGUAUCUGGUAUUACAUACUUAAUAAUUAUUAUUAUGAUAAGUCCAAAAAUCAGAUUUUACAGGAUGAGCAUUUUACUUAAAAUUUGAAAAAAAACCGGCAUAAACGUUUUAUUAAUAUAUUUUGUUAAUUAAUGUUUAUUCCGGCAUCUUUUGAUAAUUAUAAUGUUCUAAGUAUUUAUUGUGUUAAAAAAAAUUGUCUUAGCCAGAUGAAAUAUUAUGUUCAUUUCGGUUUAUGGCAGUUUUUUCAACUAUCAAAUAUUAUACUUACUGUUGAAUAGUGUUGAAUUUGGUUUUUGGACUUAUCACAAUGUCCGUAUUACAAGAAAUCACAGAAUUGUUAAAAAAGCAGGUUGAAAAACAAAAUCGUGAUAAAAAGCAUCACAUUUUCGAGCCAUGGUAUCGAUACGAUAAUAUAGUUAACUAUACAUAAUAUAUUUAAUAUUUUUUUUAAUACUUUUGGAGGCUGAUUAUAAUUUAAGCUAUCUUUUCUAAACUUUAAGUGAGUACCUUAUUUUUAAUUACUUUUUAAGUGUUUCUGAGUAAGUAAAAAUGAGUUUAAU